UGUGUGUGUGUGAUUGAAAGGGAGAGAGAGAGAGAGACAGCGGUGGAGCUCGUUGACACCGACACACACCGCGCAGCUGGAUCCGAGCGCAGGAGCUUCAUCAACGGGAGCUUCCACUCGCUGCAGGCGGAGAGGGAGGUGAGAGAUGCGGGCUCCGCGCUGGACGGACCCCCGCUGUUGUGUUUGUUCUCACCGCGAUCGACAGCCCCGCCGCCGCCGCCGCAGCAGCAGCUCCGCUCCCGGCUCCCCUCGGUUCACUUAACGGAGCAGCCCCGGAGGAGAAAUCACAGGGACUAUGUGAGCACCAUGCUCGCCGUGGGAUGCCUGCUGUUCGCCGCAGUGUGUGCACGGUGCGCCGCGACAGAUCUGCCGCCCGCACGGGAGCUCGUUCAGCCCAAGCGGCUGCUGCAACAGAUCCGCUCCCCGGAGGAGCUGCUCCACAGCCGCCUGGACACCCGGGUCAGGAACCACACCACCGGGGUACAGCCGGUCCAUCUGGCCCAGUGCAGCUUCCUGGUGGAGGCGUUCGGCGCAUCCUUCGUCCUUGACCUGGAACUCAACCACGAUCUCCUGUCUACAGACUAUGUGGAGCGUCACUAUGACGACGAUGGGCAGCCCUCAGAGAAUAUGGGGGGAGAGCACUGCUAUUACCACGGGCGAGUGCGUGGGCUGCCCGGCUCCUGGGCGGCUGUGUCCACCUGCCACGGUCUGAGAGGGAUGUUUUCUGACGGAAGCUUCUCUUAUGGGAUUGAACCUGUUGGCAGUGGAGAGGAGAAUAAUGACCACAUUGUGCAUCGCAUGCCGGACAUCGACCUCUUCCCCCCUCCCUGUCCAGGGUGCUCUGUGAACAGCACAGGGCCUGGGGGGCAGCCAGAUGGCCACGGUGGAGGAGAUCGAGAGCUGAGGGAUGAAGACGACUGGUCUGAGGAAGAGGAGCCUGUCGUCGCAGGAACACUGAGACGAUCUAAAAGACAAGUGCGGCGAGGCCAGCGCACCGUCCAGACCGAGACCAAGUACAUCGAGCUGAUGGUGGUGAACGACCAUGAACUGUUUGUGCAGCUCCGUCGCUCGACCACUCAGACAAAGAAUUUUGCCAAAGCGGUGGUGAACAUGGCCGAUGCGAUUUACAAGGAGCAGCUGAACACGCGCAUCGUCCUGGUCUCCAUGGAAACGUGGUCGUCUGAAAACAGGGUCUCCAUCGGCGACGAUGCCUUGCUCACCCUGCGCGACUUCAUGAAGUACAGGAAGGAGAGCAUCAAGGAACGCUGCGACGCCGUGCACCUCUUCUCAGGGAGGACGUUCAUGGGCAGCCGCAGUGAGGCGGCGUAUGUCGAGGGCAUCUGCUCCCUCACCAGGGGUGGAGGCAUCAAUGAGUUUGGCAGCGUGGGGCCCAUGGCCAUCACGCUGUGUCAGAGUCUGGGCCAGAACAUCGGGAUGCUGAGGAACAAGGAGCGAUCGGCCGCAGGAGACUGCAGGUGUCCAGAUCCAUGGCUGGGCUGCAUCAUGGAGGAUACGGGCUACUACCUGCCGAGGAAGUUUUCCCGCUGCAGCAUAGACGAGUACCUGCGCUUCCUCCAACAGGGAGGAGGCAGCUGCCUCUUCAACAAGCCCAGCAAGCUGUUUGAUCCACCAGAGUGCGGCAAUGGAUAUGUAGAGCAAGGAGAGGAAUGUGACUGUGGAUCACUGGUGGACUGUGCUCGGAGUGGAGCCAACUGCUGUAAGAAGUGUACACUUACCCACAAUGCCAUGUGCAGCAAUGGGCUCUGCUGCAGGGAGUGUAAGUACGAGCUGAGAGGAGCGACGUGCCGCGAAGCCGUCAACGACUGCGACAUUCCCGAGAGCUGCACAGGAGACUCCAGCCAGUGUCCUCAUAAUGUCCACAAGCUGGAUGGCUACAUGUGUGAUGCUGGCCAGGGUCGCUGCUAUGGAGGCCGCUGUAAGACCAGAGAUGGCCAGUGCAGGAAUUUGUGGGGCUACAACUCGGCCGACAGGUUCUGCUAUGAGAAGCUGAACUCUGAGGGAACAGAGAAAGGAAACUGUGGCCCGGACUCCACUGGUCAGGGAUGGGUGCAGUGCAACAAGCAAGACGUGCUGUGCGGUUUGCUGCUGUGCACCAAUCUGACGGAGAAGCCGAGGUUUGGCGAGCUGCAGGGGAAGCUCACGAGUCUGACCAUCCACCAUCAGAACCGAUACCUGGACUGCAGGGGAGGCCAUGCUGUGCUGGAUGACGGUUUGGACCUGGGCUACGUGGAGGACGGGACGCCAUGCGGGCCGAACAUGAUGUGUCUGGAGCGCCGCUGCCUCCCCGUCACCACCUUCAACCUGAGCACCUGCCCGGGCUCCUCGUCCUCACGCAUCUGCUCCCACCACGGAACGUGCAGCAACGAGGUGAAGUGCAUCUGUGAUGUCGACUUCACGGGGAAGGACUGCAGCGUCUUCGACCCACUCCCCAUCCCCACCCCGCCAGACGGCCCGGAAAAAUACAAAGGUCCCAGUGGCACCAAUAUCAUAAUAGGUUCGGUUGCUGGUGCAAUUCUGGUGGCAGCGAUAGUCCUGGGGGGGACUGGCUGGGGAUUUAAAAACAUCCGAAGAGGAAGAUCUUCAUGAGUGUGAGUCACAUCUCUCCGCUGUCCUGUCUUCCUUUACACUGUGUCCAGUCCGCUCCGAGGAGACAAAAACAAAACACAAAAAAUAUGUCUUCCACCUACGAGCCAUCAGACCUUUUAAUCUCCCUCUCUCUGACUCUGCUGAAGCUCUCUCCAUCAGUAUUUUCUUCCUGGUUGCUUUUUGGGGGAGGGGCUUAGGGACAGAAACCCUGAGGGGCACAUUCCCACAGAUCUGAAUGUUUUUGUCUCGGACACCUCGCCCUUAGUUUACUCCUCUUUUCGCUUUUCUUUUCCCUCGCUCUGGUUACAGCUCCUUUUUCUGCCGUAUUGACUGUUCUCCUGCUUUUUGCCCCUUCAGUGAUGUUCACGGAGGAAGGCCGCGUCCUUCUCCUGCUUCUGGACUUUUUAAAUUAAGCGUUCUGUUGUUACACAGUUGAUGUAUUUAACCUCAUGGAGAAAAACGAUCCCCUCUCCUCAGGAGUGUGACCCUUACUGCAAUAGAAGUGUAUAAAUAUACAGAAUAGUGAAUGUUGAGCUUUAAUCUCUGUAGAUGAGGGUUAUUUUUGUGUGUUAGGACUUUACAUUCCAUGGUAAUAGCCAUAAUUUCCCCUCUGAUGCUGUGUUUCAUUAUCACUGUGGUGUCGACGCUUCAACAUAAUAUGCAUCAAUGUGAGAAUGUGUAGCUCAAACCUGCGAGGAAGCUUGUUCCAGUUCAAUCUCUGUGCUGAUGAUGUUACCGCAGCCAAGCCGGAUAGAGAAGUUGCACAUGUACACACCGAAUGUUUAACCCCCGCUGUAUGAUAGUAAUCCAUAUAACAACAAUACGCAUACAUGUAUGCCGAACAUGGGUGCUGAUGUACAUAGUGUAUCAUAAGGUUGACUCGUGUAGAAAGCAGUGACUCACUGCCGCUGAAGCACAAGAACACUCCUCCUGCCUCUCAGCCCGAAAAAACUUUAAUCAGCGAGAGAGGAUUCACAUCUUUGCAGUUUUUACGUUUUAAGGACAUCGGAGCUCAUCUGAGUCUUUCUAACAUCGCUCUUGGCUAAAUGACAGAUUAUUUGGACCUGCAAAAAAAAGACGUGCGUUGCAGAGCAUAUUUCAAAGACGACUAUGAAGCUGCUACUCAAUUCUCUACUCAGUUUAAUCCAAAUAUGCCUUUUUCUAAUUGAAAACGUUAAAUCCUGGCUCAACAAAUCCUUUAAUAUGCAAUACACAUCUGAAAGGAAAAACAUUAUAAAGUUUAAUUCCUACAAAGAAAACUCGUCUCCCUUAAGACAAAACAUUAAACUUCUGCAGCCUUUAUGUGCACCACUGUCUCAUUCUAUCCUCUCUGCUCCUAUCAGGUCUCAUAUCAGGUUCAGAGGAUUUGACUCCUGCAGAUAUUUUAUAUACGUGAGAAGCUUCGUUUCACCAGUAACAAUUAAAAAACUCAAAACUGCGGCAAAUAGCACAGAUGCCAGAAGAGAUGAUCCAAGUUACACUGCCAGUUUAACCCACAGGAGCAUGAGAGCAACAUGUCUGAGUUAAAGUCUACGUCAGACCUCUUCAGUGAAAGUCUCCGAAAUCUAGCUUGUUAAAGGAACGAAGCUCAAUAACAUUCCUCACUGAAGAAGAUAAGUGAAGCAGAAGAAAUUAAACAACAUCGAAACUAAAUUGUAAUGUCUGUGUUUCCCUUUAAUCCCACUCGGACCUCUCCUUGUUCUCUGAAUUCAAAGUUACUCAAGGACUCUUGGCUGAAAGCUCAGGUUUCGCUGUGUUUGAGAUCACUCGUUGUAGUUAGACUCAUCAAAUUCAUGGAAGUCAACACUGUCUAUAGUCUCACAGUAAAGAAUAUCAAUGUAAAUACUCUAUUACUGUAUAUUCAAAAAUACAUAUUAAAACCUAUGUGAAUACCA